AUGUCUGCCACCCCAGUAUCUCCUGCCAAACGAAAGCAGAUCUUACGGGUCAUCUUUAUCUCCUUGUUGCUCGACCUGAUAUCCUUCACAUUCAUCCUUCCCCUCUUUCCAAAGCUCCUCGAAUUUUACCGCAACCUCGAAACACAAGAUGACUCCUCUUCCAUUCUCAAUCGCAUCUUUUUCGGCUUGAAUGCCUAUAAGCAAUCCUUCUCGCGCCCCAUCAGCGAUCGAUAUGACAUAGUCCUCCUCGGAGGCGCUCUCGGCUCUCUGUUCUCCCUCCUUCAGGCAAUUGCUUCUCCUAUCAUCGGAACCCUCUCCGACAAAUAUGGGCGACGAACUGCACUUCUCUGGUCAAUGGCUGGAAACAUUGCCUCGGUGGCCUUAUGGGUAGCCGCGACGGACUUCCGAACAUUUUUGGCAAGCAGAGUAGUAGGAGGCUUGAGCGAAGGGAAUGUCCAAUUAGCAACCGCAAUGGCAGCGGAUGUUAGCAAUGACAAGCAAAGAGGUGCCACAAUGGCUCUGGUUGGAGUAUGUUUCUCCAUUGCCUUUACAUUCGGACCGGCGCUGGGAGCGGCUCUCGCAAACAUCGAAACAGUAGUCGCAAAUCCGUUCGCUACAGCUGCUGGGUUUUCGCUCUUCUUGAUUGUCGUGGAGACAAUGUAUCUCUACUUCUAUCUACCGGAGACUCUACCUUCAUCACGUGUAACGCCGGUAACCAGUGGCUCGAUACUGAAGACCGGGUCAGAGCAGCAAAAGCAUAUUCGUACGAAUUCCCAUACCCUUUUGAAUUUUACCCAUUUCAUUUUCAUCCUCUUCUUUAGCGGCAUGGAGUUCUCUCUCCCGUUUAUGACCUAUGACUUAUUUGCCUACACGUCCUCCCAAUCUGGCAGGCUCCUCGGAUUCAUGGGUUUGGUCGCUUCGAUACUGCAAGGAUCCGUCACCAGGAAACUGCACCCGCUUCGAGUCGUCCAGCUCGGUGUAGUGGCAUGCGCAGCGAGCUUCUUUAUGCUAGGCAGGCUGACGACCGAAGCGGGACUGUGGGGAGCUGCCACGUUAUUGGCAGUAACGACUGCUACCGUUGUGACCGGAUUGAAUAGCAUGAGUAGCUUCGAGGCUGCCGAAGGAGAAAGGGGUGGGAAACUGGGUAAUCAUCGAAGUUGGGGGCAGAUCGGAAGAUCUUGUGUCUCAGAUCCUGUCUUUGAAGCCUUCACUAUGGCACAAGCCGUACAAAGUAAUAUCAUCGAUCUAACUGGUGAAGAUGACAAUGACGACAGCAUCGCAAGGGCGCAUGCUGCUUGUCAGAAGGCCUUUGCGGCCGCAUCUCGAUUGACUACCCACUUUGAAUCCCUGAAAACGAAUCCUCUCCCAGCCGUUGCUCCCAAACCGCUGGUGCCGCCUCGGCUUGGAACAUUUUCCAAUCCCGCUAGGAAUGAAACGAAUGGGCUCAAGAAGGACGGGAUUAAUAAUACUAUACAACGACAAGAUUCCAUGAUCCCCAGCCUCGGUGUCUCAUUCCCUCAGUCAGCUCUAGGGAUAGCGGCUUCAAGGCCAGCGAAGUCUCCCUCAAUAUUAGAGAGAGCGAAAGGAGACGAGCGACAGCCAAGGGAGAACACAUCUGUCACUCCUAGGGCCGAUACCUCCACUAUCCGCACGCCACGCUCAGCUGCUGUCUCCGCCAAGCAGAAUAUCGCCGACACAUGCAAUGAAAUGGAAGAUUGGGUCAACAAAGAUCCAAACCUAGUACCACAGCAGGCUGGCGUCAGUACACCAAGGAAACCGGGGAGACCGAAGAAAGAUCCCGAUGAAUGGUCACCCAGUUCGACUACGAAGAACAACGUAGAAGAGCGAAAGGGGCUGGGCAGAGUUGUCACCAACGCACCGACACCAUCCGCUGACGAACACGAAGACUUGAGAGCCAACGAAGACAAUGGCUUGUUCCCCAUCAAAGGAGUAUUGACCUCAUUAGGUACAAAGAAGCGGAAGCUCUCAGGAUCGUUCCAAUCCCAUCCUUCUCCUGUCAAAUUGGCUCGAUGGAAUGCAGAGCCGAGCGCUCCUCAUCCAUCUACCCCUCCGAAUGUGGCUGAGCCCGCCCGCAGUGAGCAUGUGCACGAUGGAACAGGUAACAUUUCUCCCGCUGGUUGCUUCCCAAGGUGUGUGUAUCCUGCUCUCAAAGCAGCGAAAGCAGUAUACAAGCAAAGCCUUACAGGGGACGAAUUGACUGGCAUCGGAAACAGCAAUCAACGAACGGAAUUGAUAUUGAAAUCCGUAUCGGAGAAUUUUCAUGAGAAAGCACUGAAGGUUAGAAGUGGGCUCCCUGUCAACUUGAUUGCCUUCACAGAGGAUUCCCCGAAAGGUGUCACUGAUCCUCCCUUCAACCGCGAUCCUAAAGCAUCUCGACUCGAGCGCGAUUCGUCUAUCAAGAAUAUCGUCAAGACGAACAAUGAGUCGCCAUCGAAGCCAUCGACUACAAAGUCUAGGGAGAAUAGCACAUCGACAGACCAGGCAGAGGCUGGUCUCUUCGGACGAUCCAAGCCAUCAAUGCUGUACACGCAAGAGAACAUAGAUCCUAGGCUCCACCCUAGAUUCCACGAAGCUGCUAGUCCUACUACAUCUGAGCCUAUACUGUCGUCGGCAUCCACCGGGCUCGUCGCAUAUGCUGCCCUGUUCGAAUCAGUAGUGUAUCCUGCCAUGAAGAAGUCAAAAAAGCGUCACAAAGACAGUCUUCCUCGAGAAGAGUUAGAUGCUAUCGGCAAAACUAUUGUCAACGAUGUUCUGAACAAAUUAGCAUCUCACUCAGAGAAUUCAUACCAGCUGGACGAGGAUACAAAGAAGAAAAUCAAGCACUUCGUGAAGAAGUCUUUUCGUCAAAAGGUUCGGAGGACUAAUGCGCAAUCUUCACAUAACCCAACUAUUCCUGUAAAUGGUUCAAGACUUGAUAUAGCUACGCUUUCAUCCGGUUCUCCAGAUCUAGAAGGCACGGCUGGAGGUCCUCGUGCUCGUGUACCCGGUUUAAAUGACUCUGAGAAUGCCUCCAUGAGUCAGGCCAUUGCAGUAAACGAAAAAGAAGAGGCACAGGCACCGCCUCCCAUACCCCUAGAUCAACAACAGUCUUUGUCGUUACAAAGUUCACCAACUGAGUUUUCAACAUGCCCUUUCGGACCCAAUUUUGAUCGUGGUCGGUACCCUGCUCUGCGCCGUAGACGCGGCAAUAAAUAUUAUACGCCAGCCAGGACUUCAAAAACCACCCCUAAACUCAAAAAAAAUCAUUUUAUACCUUCUGAUGAUUACUCGCGUUCGCGGCCUGUCACAAGACUCCCGACUGAUCCAAGCUUGACUGCUCCAGCUUCAAACCAGCAUAGCAAUAAUUUGGGGGUAUCGAAUGGCAAAGACCAGGUGCGGCUCUUAAAAGCUUUAGCAAGUCAACCUACGACCUCUCGGGUGAGUGAGACGCAGUUGACAACCUUGACGACUGCUGCCGAAAAGAAAAGGACUCCUAUAACUCAAGAAUCGGCUUUGGAGCUUCUUGCCAGCAUAGAAGAAUCAACAAACGUGGGGCCUGUCGCACCUCAGUCCGCAAGCUACGAUGACGCCUCGAACGCACUGCGAGAAGCUCCGGCCAAGGGUCAAGGAAGGAUGACAGACGUGGGAGAGACGCCCGCCGGUGGCCGCGGACCGGUUUUCUCCCAUCUUGCAAACCACCGAAACAACACUGCAACCCAUCAAUCAGUCCAGCAAAUUCCAAGAAAUUGGCCAUUGGAAGACACUGGUCCCCCAAAAGAACCUCGACCAAGAUGCCGCCCUAACCCCGCCACAGCGCUCGAUCCAAGUCUCGAGCACGUCAUGGCAGUCUUGGUCAUUGAUACGUCCAGCCGGCCAUAUAAGGAUGGACAGAGAUACUCUAUUACACUCACAGAUCGAAUGCAGCUCGUUGCUGAUCAAAGCAUCGUGAAACAUGCUGAUCUCACCUCCAAAGUUGGGAAACCAAAGGUUGUUAGAGUUGAGACAAAGGUUAUCGAUACUGUCCGCUACCCAGGACGUUGCAUUUCGUCAUUGCUUCGGAACCGCGAGCUCGGCCUAAGCCCUCGUGGACGACAUGUCGGAACGAUGGGUGAGCUCCGUCAAUUGAAGAGUGAGAUGAUUGAGCCAUGGAAAAAUUGGAAAGGAGCAUCUGGUGAUGUGGUUGCUGUUGCAUGGAGCCCAGAUUCCAAUGUGUAUGCGUUUGGGGCAGCCGCACAUACAAAUGUUGAGGAUAUACAGUACAACCGUCCUUGCAACCUAUUACUCGGUAAUCUCACUUCGAACCAAAUUCGAGAGCUACCCGAUCACAGGGUCGAUCGGCCGAAACCUGAAACCAUUCCCAAUGGACCCAAUGCUACUCGAGCUGUCUACGAAGCUUGCGAUCCUAAAGUAUACGAGACCGUUACCUCAAUUGCAUUCUCACCCACCGGAGAUCGAAUGUUCACUGCGAGUCAUGACUGUACCGUAAAGAUCUGGGAUAUCUCUGCCGAGAAACACCAAUGUCUGAGCACUCUCCGCCACGAAGCCUGGGUGACUAGCGUCGAGAUCUCAGGGAACCGACAAAGUCUUUUUGCAACUGCCUCGAAGUGUGUCAACGGCGCCGUUCGAAUCUAUUACAAUACUGCAGAACCUUCGGACUACAUGAAAUUCUCGGCCUCGCGUGCAGAAACAAGGCCUAAUUGGAAAAUAUAUCCAGAAUGUUUAAGGUGGGGCCCAAACUCUUACAACAAUCAUCUACUACUGGCAGGCUUCCAACAAUGGGAGCAGCAGGGGGAUUUGCUUUCCGGUGGGGGACAGCUCUGCCUCUGGGACGCCAAUGUUUUCGAGAGCAUCAAAGUCACGCCAUCGUCACAAAGCGUUUAUGCUGCAGCUUGGCAUCCCACGGAGCCUUUCUUUGCUACGGGUGGCGCUCCCGGUAAUCACAUCAUUGACAAAACCAACACCAAAACUGUCGUUCGCACUUGGGAUGUCCGAACGCCGAAACGUUUUCAAGUCGAGUAUGAGUGUCCUGCUAUAGACAUGCAAGACAUCACUUUCUCUCCAUUAAAUCCAAAUAUUGUAACUGCUGGCUGUACAGACGGCAUUUCUUACGUUUGGGAUUGGCGUUGGCCAGAUCAGCCACUCCAUUGCUUGAAGCACGGCAGACCCCUGGUGGAUUUGGAUCACACCAGAGAACGGGAAGAAGCUGAUACCGGAGUGAUGCUGAGCCUUUGGGGUCCUGGUGGCUCUCUGUUCUACACUGGUUCUUCCGACGGCAUGAUCAAGGCAUGGGAUGUUCGACGCCAUCCCAAAGAUGCGCUGAUCAGCAAUGUUGCCAAUUUUGACGUUAGUAUACAAAGCGGAGCCUUCUCGCCAGACGGUAACAAUCUACUUGUCGGUGAUGCCGAAGGAGGCAUUCACGUUCUCUCAUCUGCUCCUUGUGGGCCACGUUCAAAUGUCCAAAGCACAGACGCGUAUAUUGAUCUUGUGAGAGCCUCUGAUGGAAGCGGCUUAAAACUUGAUCAAAACGAUGACAAUCCUGGCACAGAGGGUAUUGAAGCUGCUAAAUCGCUUAUCGAAUCAGGUCAACUGGAGCAUCAUAAAGAACUUGGGGUUGGACAGGGACUUAAUUACCAAGGUCCCUACGCUACAUACGCUCGAAAAGAAGUCGUCGAGCCUGGUAUUGGCCGCCUGCGCAGAAGGUUCGAGAAGAAGCAACCAAUUUCGAAGAGGGGUGAGAAGCGAUGGGAUAUAGCAAUACCAAUGACUUCUUUGCUCUACGAGAGGAAGGAAACAAUGGAUCGUGAGAAGGAUGGCGACAAGAUGGCGAACCUUAAUGAGCAUGAACCGAAGGCAAUGCAGCAACCGAAGGAUGGAGAAAGCCUCCAGACAAGUCCCUUUUUCUCGACACCGCAAGGAGCAUCUGCCGUCGUUCAUCCGUCUUCCACAAGCCUCGUCGAUUCCGUAGAUAGUGAAAGUGUUGGCGCGACUGUUGUCGAUGUUAACGAGGAUCAUAGCGUUGAGUACAAUGCAAUUCCCGAAGGUGAGAUGGUUGAGGAAAAUUACUGGUGGGUGAGGAUGGGUGAGGAGGAGAUCGCUCAGGCGAGGGCUGGACGAGUGAAAUACUAG